CAGAGUGGGAGUGAAAGAGCACCAGACACAAGGGUGGAGAGAGAGAGUGAGUGAGGGUGAGUGCAUGUGUGGUCAGAAAGAGAAGGACAGAAGGGCAGUUAGAGCGCUCGGGGGAGACGAUAGAGUGGGACGAUAGAGUGCUAGAUAAUGGAGGUGCAGUCGGAGUGUGUGGAGCCGCCUGUGGCCCCUCAGUGUGACCCCCAGCCCACAGGGAAGAUCAACAAAGCUGCCUUCAAACUGUUCGGAAAGCGUCGCACUGGCUCCAGUAUGGCCAGCUUCUUCUCCUCCUUCAGAAACAAAGGGGCUACGAACAGCAAUGGGAAUUCUGACAAUGGGAACUCUUUGAAUGGAAAUGGAUCGGCAGCAUCGGUGGAGCUUGUCAGGAGCAAAACCCACGAUGGACUAACGAGUUCUAACGACACCGAUGGACAGAGAGGGGAGGGCCUUCCCAGCCUGGAGGCAGGACCGGUGAGAUCUCUCAGCAAAUCAUUGAGUUUCUUCUCCCUACUCCGGCGUGGAAGUUUCAGAUCAAGUGAAAAUGGAGGGGCGGGGCUUGUCAGAAGAGGGAGGGGCUUAAAGGGGUUUUUCAGCAGCAUGCGAUGGAGACGCAAGGAAAAAACAAACGAGGUAGAAGGGGAAGAGGUGGAGGGGAAGCAAAGUAAGGAUGGGGAUACUGCUGACUCUGAGAAGGUGAAGGAUAUUAUGCUCACCCUUGAACCCCCUCCCCAUCAUCAACAAGAGGAUUGUGGGAAUGCAGAGGCAGAACAUACUCUUGAGACUCCCACUACCAGUGUUACCAUGACACCUCCACACUCUGUUGCCAUGCCAGGGACAUCUGGUGAGCCAGACUCCCCUUUUCCUUACACACCCACUGACUCACCCCUCCACCCUCCCAUCCAAAAAGCCAAAGCAUCAAUCUCCAGCCUCACCCCCUCCCUUGCUACACCACCUUUGGAUCGGUGCAGCACAGGUGACCCACCCUCAGAGCCUUCGGUGGAACGACUCUGCUCCCUCCUCUUCACUGAUGUCACUUCGCUGAAAAGCUUUGAUUCACUGACGGGCUGUGGGGACAUUAUUGCUGAUGCAGAGGACGAGGGGCCAACAGGGAAUGGGGGAAGUGGCACCAGCAGCAGCAGCAGUGGUGGUGGAGGAGGGGGGACUGUGGGUGCAAGUGUUGGGAGAGUUGUUGGUAUCACGAGUGCAUCGUCACGUUGUUCCCCUUCCAGAACCUCUUUAUCUUCACAGCUGACCCAGCCCAUGUUCUCUGUUUGCCCAAGCUCAGUGCCUUCCUCCCUCCCAGCCCGGGCCAGAGUACCGCCUCCACCCCAGCAGCACCCAGCUGGUAGCGGAGUGGUAGCCUACAUGGGUGGAGGGGAAGAAAUGGCAAGUCCAGAGGGGGUGGAUGAUGCAGACAUGCAGGGGCUCUGGCACAUGCUUCCCUCUACAGGUGAUAACUCCCCAGCCCUGCCUCGGUCCCACCAACCUCCCUCUUCCACCCCGACUUCUACUUAUCCCCCACGUGCCACCUCCAACCUUGCCAGCAGCCACCUGCCCUCCGCCUCCAGGAGUGCAGACCGGAAGCUACCCAAGGUGAAAGCACUUGGGCUCAGUAAGAUUCCAGUAGUUGGUGGAGCAGGGAGCCGGGCAGCAAAACCAACAAUCCCUCAUGCGCAUGUCCGUCAUCCAACAUCUCCUGGUGAUAAAGAGCCUCUUAGUGAUGAAGGAUACUGGGACACACCCUCAGCAACACCCACAGCAACACCUGAUGAGAGCCGGGUGCAGCAUAACCAGAGCAUGGCGUUAUCUCGAGACAGUUGCUCUGGAGACCAUCUGUAUGACCUCUACAAUGAGGAUGAAGGGGAGGAUGAAAGAGACGGAAGCCUAAACAGUACUCCCUCUCCAUCCACCGAAUACAAACUGAGUCCCACCAACCAAACCAUUUCUCCGUCCUCCUCCUCUUCCUCUUUCAGGUCAAUGAAAGGAAGCACCAGCCUUCCGCGGGAAUCAAAGAUCCCAGUGAGCUCCCGACAAACCCCUCCCCCCCACUCUGCAAGCCAGUCUGCCCUCUCUUCGGUUCUAGAGGCCGAAUCCCCUCAGCCAGUGACCGAACCACCACCCCCUGCUCGCACCAGAAUCCCUGUUUCCAAGGUGCCGGUGCGUCGAUCAGGCGGAAAACCUGGCGACCAAAACAGAGGACCGGCAAACAAGAAGUAAUUCCUGUCAAACAGGCUUUGCUUACCAAUUUAUGGACUUGAGUCUACAUCCCUUCAGUGAUGUUUAUGCAGAGCCAAAAGUUUUCCCAGACCAAGAAAAAUGUGGAGCUGUAGAGUUAAUAGCCUAUAAAUUCCUCUCCAAUCUUUAAAGCUCUCAUUCCUUAGUGUUUUGGCUUGUGACAGGGUGGAAUAGAAUAAGUGGUUUUGUUCACUUGAGAAAGUCACGAGGAGACUCCAAAAAGCUGGGUUAUAACUUCACAGCUUUCACUGGAACUUUGGAAGUUGACUCUUGACAAUCCAUGGACAAAUUUUGCCUUGUAACUUUCCUGGAAUAAAACUCUCAACCUGCUGAGAGUUUGACAGUUCACAACUGCACACUGCAAGAAAAACAGAAGCAGAGCACCUUUUUGUCUCUUACAUUUUUUCUUAUGGAAUACCAUAUGGCAUAACACAAUUUUCUCCAAAGGACCUAAUCUAAUCAAAGAUUUGUUUUCCCUGAGUUUUUCAUCUUGUCUAAUCUGUAACAAAUUACCUCCUAAUCCUUUUAUUUUAGAGCCAAAGUAUAAAGAAAAAACCCUAGUUAUCAUUUCGCAGCAUCUCAACAGUAUCUGCAGCCUGGAAUAACCGACCUGUUUUUGUUUGGCUGUAUGUAUUUUUUGCUUUUUGAAGAUGGUCUUCUUCUGACCGCACACUUUAUUAAGCUGUAUGUGCAAAUGUACAAAAGAACUCUUAAAUGAUUAUGAAACAGUUUUAUUUCUUACCUACUUUGCAACUAAAAAGGUGGAAGAAAUGGACCCAGUUUUCUUUUCUUAAGAUGGAUGUUUUUUCUCUGUUCUGGCCGAUCACUUUUUUUAUGAAUGGACUUCAAGUUUGGCUUCAGCCUGUUGCAUAUGGAUCUCUAGAAUAUCCACAGCAUCACACAAAGUACAUCCGUGGGAUGUCAAUCUCUGGGAUUUACAACUCUUCAGUAACCAAUGGAAACCUACCAAACUAUCGCAAUACCCAGCCAGGAGGGAUCCCUUGCACUGAUGCUUCAAUACAAACGAAAAACACGAACAACGCUCGCAUACAAAAUGCAACACAAUCACAACACACAAAUCACAAUACUGUGCAUGCAGUGCCACAUGGGCACAAAGGUCAGGGAACAUCAAGUAAUGCUGAAUGAUUUAGUUACACACACUGUUCAACCUUUGGCACUGUCUUUGUAGCUACACUGGAUGUUUUUCUUCUCCAAUGACACAUGCACAAAAACCUUCUUUUUUUCUACAGGUUCCUUUCUUCUUCAUGGAUUUCAUUCUGUUUUUAUGGGGUUCUUUUUCCUUAAACUGUGAUCACACACCAGCUUCUUAAUACUCUGCUUUCUUUUAUUUUUUUUACUAACAUGCUGUAUAGGAUGGAUUACAAGGUGGAUGUCAGCCAGUUUUAGAGAACCAGAAUAUGCCUGCAAGUGUUUUUUAAAUAGGCUGUGACCCAAAAAAAAGACAAGGAAAUUCAGUCAGGGUUUGAGAUAAGUAAAAGACUUUUGAGUCACACAAUUAACUAUUAUUUUGGCUCUUGUACUGAUAAACACUUAAUUCUAGGAAUCACCACAGUUGUGUAUGAAUAUGAAUGUAGCCUGACAUUAUGAAGAUCAUUGGUCGGCAUAUAUUUGCCUGUGAUGGUCUGUUGUCCUUCUUUGUCCCUCUUUUGUGGGGGAGUUUGUUUUCUAGGACCCAUGUGCUCUGAAAAAAACUGAAGACAAACUACUGCACAGUGAUGCAGACUUGCAAAGCACCACUUGUUGUAAGAAUGAGUGGGUGUAUAGUCUUAAAAGGCCUUUGUCAGUAAAUCAGUGAGACAAGUUACAGGGAGCAGAAUGUUCCCUACCCUUCAGUUAAAGAGAGUGGUUUUCAAAGAGCAUGACAUUCGAGAUGAUGCAAGUUUUCUCUAAGGCUAACCACAGGAGCAUUGACACAUGAGGGUCAUGUUAGUUCAUGAUAGCCUCCCAUUUCAUUUAGAAUAUGAUGAUUGAUUCACAACACUGCUCGGGGUACAGAUAUCUAUUUAGCCUCCUGAUGGUAUAGGGUUGGACAGGAUAUGGGGUAACCUGAAGCCAGGUCUGUUAUUAGUGUCCGUCAUGGCACACACUAAGGGCAUGCUAAAGGUUAUUUGGGGAGAAGAGGUUGAUGUUUUCUCUGCCUACACUGUUGUUAUCAUUUAUAAUGAUUCAUUUCAUUAACCUCUAGUAGAAAUGAUAAUGAAAGGGAUGGUUGCAUAAUGUAACUUGUAAUUGAAAUUAGCAACAAUCUGAACCUUUAAUGUAUUUCUGGGAAUAUGUUUAAUGUUUUUUUUUAAAGCAGUGGUAAUGCUUGUGGAUUGUAGACCAAACAGUUGCCUAAAGAGUCCAAACUUUACUCUGUAGGAGACAACGCACUGGUAAAGGAGAGGUAAUUCUGCAUUUCAUGUUUAUCAGAUUGUGUUUAAGUAUUGAAACUUCCUUGGUUGAUAGUCCAUAUGCCACAAUUUUGUGUGUCUAAAUAGAGCUAGAGUCCACUUUUUUUCAAAAUAAGAGAUAGAAGAGUUAAAAUGAGAGUUGAACCUUUGGGUACAAGGCAUACUGUAUACAGAAUAGUGACAUCAGCCACAGAGGUCACGACACUGCCCCCUGGCUCAGUUCCUUUUGUUUCUUUUCCAGACCGACUCUUUCUAUUGUUUGGGUCUUUAUUAAAUCAUCUGCUGCAAUGGAAAGCACAUCAUAUUUUCCUUUUUUUUUUUUUUUUACCGUCUGUUCACAGUGUGAAGUCUUUCCACUUUUCAUAUUUAAUGAAUAAAACUGUGUUUGCGCUGA